AUGGGUAAUGUCUGGCACUCUGACGACGGAAUACCGAAUACCUCUCUCUGGUCUUUUAUCCCGGCCCACAUCAAACAACGAACUGCUCUCCUUCAAAUUCGGAUCAAGCAAUCAGUCAACCAUUACUCCUCCUCUUCCCUCGUGCAUCAAACAACAACAAAAACACCACCACCGCCGCCCAACAACAACAUGUGCACCUUCGGAUUCUCCAAGAUGGAGUGCGGUUGCAAGGUCCCCAUCGACGGUACCGGCAAGCAGUGCAACUAUGCCAAAUCCAGGGGCAAGUACACGUACUGCGAGGAGUUUAUGUGGGUGGAAAACCGCGCCAAGUCAAAGUCUUCUCCCUAUCUCUGCGCUCAGCACUUCCGCUAG